GCCUUAACCUGUGAGGAUGUGUUAUAAACUUUAAUUUUAUUUUUUUAAUUGCAAAUAUGAUCUUUCUAUGUUUACUAGCGAGCUUGUUACAAUAUGUGGAGCCGGCGAACAUAUUGUAUGUGAUUCCCUUCACGUCGAUCUCUCACUACAUAAUGCUGCGACCGGUCGGGCUGGAGCUGGCCAGACGUGGUCACAAUGUGACCGUGAUCACAGCCAACAAGGAGGAGAAUCCACCGCACAACUACAGAGAAGUCAUGGUAGAUGACAAGAAGAUUUGGGAUAUAUUGGGUACGGAAAGACCAAAUAUUUUCACAAUGGUCGAUAUAUCGGCAGAAGAUUUUCAUCACCACGUCCUCUGGAGAGGAGGAUUAGCUUUUACGGAGAUGGCCCUCAACUCAUCAGCUGUACAAGAUUUUCUAAAAGAAGAUAACAAAUUCGACUUGGUGGUUGUGGAGCAAUUUUUCGAAGAAGCCUUUUACGCUUUGGCCCACAAAUACAAUGCACCUCUAGCGCUGAUCACCACUUUCGGCAACUGCAUGAGACACAACAUAAUCACUGGAAAUCCUCUUCAGCUGUCCACGGUUAUAGCAGAGUUCCUGGACGUCAGAGAACCGGAGACAUUUUGGGGAAGAUUCAGAAACUUCUACUUUGUCACAUAUGAAUACGUGAUGUGGAAAUUCUGGUAUUUGAAGAAGCAGGAGGCUCUGAUAACAAAAUAUCUGCCGGACAUAGCUGACACUGUGCCCAGCCUGAUUGAGUUGCAAAAAAAUGUAUCUGUAUUUCUAAUCAAUGGACAUUCCAGUUAUGAUACGCCCGUUGCCUUAUUGCCGAAUAUCAUAGAAGUGGGUGGCUUACAUCUAUCAGAAAGCACGAAGAGUUUACCUAAAGAUAUAAAGUACUUCUUGGACAACUCAACAGAUGGUGUAGUGUACGUCAAUUUUGGCUCAAAUGUGAGGAGCGCUGAACUGCCUCUGGAGAAGAAGAACGCGUUCCUCAACGUCUUCAGAAGAUUAAAACAGAAUGUACUCUGGAAGUGGGAAGAUGAGAAGCUUGACAAUAAACCAGAUAAUGUUCUGAUUAAACAUUGGCUGCCACAAAAGGAAAUAUUGGCGCAUCCAAAUAUCAAAAUGUUCAUAUCACACGGAGGUUUGAUUGGAACGCAGGAAGCCAUUUUCAACGGAGUACCCAUUCUGGGGGUGCCAAUAUAUUGCGACCAAUACAACAACCUGCUGCUCGCGAAAGUCGAAGGUUACGGCUGUAUCAUGUCCUACCACGAUAUUGACGAGGACAAUCUAUACAAUAAGAUAAACGAGAUCUUAAAAAACGAUACGUACGCGAAGUCAGCUAAAGAAAUGUCCAGAAGAUUCAAGGACAGACCUCUCCCGCCGCUAGAUACAGCUAUCUUCUGGCUCGAAUACGUCAUAAGGAACAACGGAGCAGAACAUCUUAAGAAUCCAGCAAGGAACAUGAGCUGGGUAACAUACAGUAUGUGGGAUGUGUAUACAUUUGUAUUUUUGAUUAUAAUAUCGACAAUAAUUUUAGGUGUGACCGUAGUGAAGGAAAUAAAAUCGUUGCUCGGAUCCGGUGUAAUAAAAGUUAAAAUGCAUUGA